UUAUAUACACCACAAUACCGUGCACGGACCAUACGUUACACUCUUUCCAUUUAUGGAAAGCAUGCAAAGAGGCUAAAACUUAUUGCAAGCCAGCAACAGAACUUGUUCUGCUGCAAGAUGUCCCGAAUAUUUCGUCGGUCCCUCAGUUCCUUCAAAAGAACCCCUCAAUCACUCCCAAUUGCUGAGGAUAGUGCACAGUUUGCUGCUCAUCUAAAUAACAACUUUCCCUCCCUCAAUUUUUCUCCCGAGCUGGCACAACGCAUCCUCACUCAUGCAAGUCACAAGGCAGCUAGUCACGGUCAUAAUGGACGGCUCAGCUUCGUAGGACGUCGCGUGCUCGAGUCUUAUUAUCUGCUCUUCCUACAUUCCGUCGCGCGCAACCAAAAUCAGCACGACUACGACUAUCUCUCUUCUCGUGCUAUAAACUCCUACCUUCUGGGCGAACACGUUGCUCCUCGAUGGUCCUUGGGUCGUAUUGUGCGUUGGGCACCUCCUGUCUCUCAAGAUGUUUUACUGGCCCACAAAAAUGUCAAAAAAUCAUCUCAAAAACAGCCCGCAGAUGCUGAACUAGAAAACGCGUUAACGAGAAAUCCUGGUAUAGUCAAAAGUGUCGGUCUUUACAAAGUCAUGGGAGAAGCGGUGCAGUCCGUGAUGGGUGGUGUCUAUCACCAAUUCGGUGGUUCUGUGGCUCAUCGCUUGUUUCACACUCGUAUUCUACCUCAUAUUCUGUUGCCAAACAAGGCUGAGGGUGUCCCCGUGGAAUUCCAUCACCAGGCACUGGCAAUUUGUGAACGUAUGGGUGGCGUGGACGGGAGCUUAUUGGUUCAGGAGUCUGCCUCGAAUCGUGCUCUUUCGGAACUUGAGCUCGAGGCUAUAGAGACAGUCCAGCCAAAAAGAGUUGCGGCUGCUAGUGCAUGAGUGCACAUGACUCUCAUCAUCUAUCAUGUUUAUUUUAUGGAUCGCAUUAAUUGCAGCGACAUUUUAGCAGUCUUUCUGGCGUAUUGCUUGAACGCAAGACAUCAUAACAGUGCCUAUGAGGUGAUCACCUCUACUAACGUGCGGGUGUAACGCCAAUGAUAGUGACAACUGUAGCUGAGUUAUAGGCGUUUGAUUGGUGGCUGGCCACUCAGGCACCAUCGUGCAUAUGGGUGAAUAGAUGGUUAACAGAUCAGUAUCCGUUUCCUACUGCAGUGAAAGUACGUUUAAUGGCAUCGUCGCUAAUACCA